AUCUCUCCCUCUUUCCCCUCCCCCUCCUUGCGUCCACAGAGGCACACGCUCCCCUCCCCAUCGCCCCUCGCCUGCCCUUGCGCCACCCCCCGCCGCGACAAUGUCCUCCGACCCCCCGCCGCCGUCCUACAGCGAGAUCUACCCGGCGCCGGCGGUGCUGACUGGCGUGCCGGCGCCGGCGCCGGCGCCGGCGAGGCCGCUGUAUCCCACCGUCGGGCCCCCCUCCGCCGGGGGGAGCCACUACACGGCCGACAGCUCGGAGUGGUUUCUCACCCCGGCGGCCCGGGCGCCAGGCGGUUCUGGCACUUCGCCGGUCCCCGGGGCAUCGGCCCCCGGCGGGCCUCCCUCCCCCGGCGGGACACGGCCCUUCACGCACGAGGCGGCCACUGCCCUGUGGACCCUGCUGGUGCAGGGCCGCGCGUUCGGGGACAAGGUGGACCCCGGCUGGCUGGCCUCGGUCAACCAGCUCAUCGCGCCGUAUGCCAUCCCCUGGGAGUUCCUGCUGCAGGUGUUCGUCAAGGGCGUGUGCACCUCGGACUCGAUGCGCUUCGCCGUCAUCAAUGCCUUUGCCCCGCGCCUGGCCACGAAGUUCACCUCGCUCAAUGACAUCCAGGCUGUCCUGAAAACGGUGUCGGUCAACUCCAACCGGGCCCAGGCCCUGUGUGCCAUGCUGCCGGCCAUCGACCCGGUUCCCCUGGGCCUGGAGCCCUGCCUGGAGCUGGCCCUUUGGAUCAGCCCCUGCUCCGAGCAGAUGGUCCUGGUGCUGCGGUCGCUGCUGCAGCGCCUGGUCCUGCCCGGGCCCGGGGCCGCUGCCACCGCCGCCCGGCAGACCUACUUCCCCCGGAUCCCGUAUGCCUACAUGCACCGGCUGGUGGCCGGGCUCUGUGCAUCCGGGCACUCGGCCGUCUUCCUGGCGGCCUUCCUCACGGAGUUUGCCUUCCUCCUCCCCGGGGGGGCGUGCCUGUCGCGCUUUGCGCUCGGGUCGGUCGGCCAGACGUGCAUCAUUGUGGCCAACCAGACGGUCUUCGCCGGGGCCCUGGCGCACCACCAUGUUCCAGAUCCGCUCGCACAUCAGGAAGCCACCCGGCUGGUGGAGCUGGUUCUGCAGCAUUGCCACACGGUUGAUGACCAUCUGCUUGUUGCUCUCGACAUGAUCUUGCGGACGCUGUCCCCCGCACCGGCCGGGCUGCUGGGCGGCAAGAUUGCAGCUCACCCGCCUGAUCUUUUCGUCCCGCCGGUGGCCUCCCUCCGCCAGUGGUACCACUUCCUGGGCCUUCGAAAGUCCCCGCCCCAGUUGCAGGCGAUCUUGGUGGCCCUCCACAAGUGCUCGAGCGCCUUCCUGGAGGACAUCCUGGCACGGUCCGACAGCGUGCCCGAGGGCUACCUCCUCACGGAUGUGCUCCAGCUGUUUCCCAUCUCCCAGCGGCUGGACGUCUUCCAGCUACUCAUCCGCAUGGUGGAUGGCCCCCUCUCCCCGGCGUUGGCCAUUGCCAUCCUCGGGGUGCUCUCCUCGCAGGCGGCCAAGGCCGCCGAGGUUGUCACCCGCCUGAUCCCCUUCCUGCACUCCCUCAGUGCGAUGGACUGCUCGGAACUCCUGGCCUUCUGCCCGCUCAACACCCGGUCAUACCUGCUGCACAUGGUGUGCCCGCUGCCGGCUGCCUCGCCACCGGCGUCGCCUCAGCUGCCGGUUGCCGUGCCGCCGCCCACCCACGGCAAGCCUCCGGCCGGCCCGACCAAGGACGAGCUGGACAAGGUGGCGCAGCGUCUGGCCCGGCUGACCUCCGGAGAUGGAGGGUCGCCGCCGGCCCUGCUGCUUUCCACUCCGGCAGCGCCGGCCAACUGCUCGCUCCUGGAUCGGACCAUCAUCAAUGAUGGCAACGACGCGCGCAUCCUGCUGCUGGCCUUCCCGACGGCCGAGCGCGAGGCGCUGAUCAGUGCCCUGGCCCCGCGUGUGCCCUCUCUCUUGUGUGUGGAGCUCAUGCACCUGAUGCUCCUGUUCUCCCAAAGCCCCCGGCGGCUCUUCCUCUUCGAGCACCUGCAUCACAAGGUGUCGGACCCGGAGAACCUGUCCCGGUUGUUGACCCCGCCCAAUGUGGCCCCAGCCGCCUCCCUGUCCCCGACAUUGAAGAUCAACACGGCCGACCUCGGGGGCGUCAGCCUGCUGGCGGAGGAUGCCAAGCGCGCGCAGCAGCUCCUCCACUUGCACCUGUCGUCGCUGGGCCUGCUGAAGUGA